AUGAAGUUGGAGAAGGCUCCUUGCAAUCAAAAGUUGGGAAGAGAAGGGGAAGAGAAGGAGCAGAUGAGGGGGAGACCUCUACCUGCAACGCCGGCUUCAAGGCUGCGAAGAAAAGUACCCGAUGGAAAGAUUCCAGGGAAGAUUUUCGCUAGAGAUUCUCAUCGUACUCGGGCAUCGGAUUCCACGUCGUCGUCAACUUCGAUUUCUGAUAAAUUGAAUAGUCGAAGGGAGUCAUCGUGCACGAAGUGCUUUGAUCUUGGAGGAGGAAGGGUCACUGCGGUGGAAACUGCUGCAGAUGAAUUCAAGGUUGAUCUCUCUCAGUUGUUCUAUGGGCUUAAGUUUGCCAUCGGAGCUCACAGUCAAAUUUACCAUGGAAUUUAUAAGGAUGAAUCUAUUGCUAUGAAGAUUCUUAGCCCACCUGAUGACGACGAAAAUGGAGCCAUAGCGGCUCGGCUGGAGAAGCAGUUCACUAGAGAAGUUACUCAUCUGUCUCAUCUCCACCAUCAAAAUGUGGUCAAGGGUUCACGGGCGAGGGAUCCUAGUACUCAACUUUUAUCGAAUUAUGAUCACUAA